AUGCCCUUGUCCCAGAAACUCGCGUCAAAUGUUCGAUCCUGGUCUCUCGCACCACAACGCAGGCAAAUUGCAAGAUUCUCGGGACGAGCAACGCAUGCUGUAGCAGCCGAAGCAAGUUCACCUUCUCAGUCGACAAGCUCUGCUGCCCAAAAUCCAUUUCCAUAUCCGACCCAUCGCAACCCUUCUCCACAUCAAAUAUUUCACCUGCCCCGCAAUGCCACGGAUGCCGAUAUUAAAGUUCGCUACUAUGAUCUCGUCCGACUGUAUCAUCCAGACAAACCAUGUGGGGUUUCGCCUGAGAUCGCCCACGAGAGGUUUCAAGCCAUAUCGGCUGCCUAUGACGUGCUAAGAGGCAAGAAGCUAGAUGACACACUUGCGGGAGAAUCGGGUUCAACAGAUACACGAUAUCAGACAACAGCGGCGUAUCGAGCAAUGAGAAGAAAGCGUCAGGAGCUUUAUGACAGUGGUGCAGUAGAUGACAGUAGGAAGGACAAAAUUAUUCUUUUUGGAGUCUUUGCGACUAUCUUGAUUGUGAUAGUGAAUACUGCGACAACACGACGAGAAGCUCUUGCGGAAGCUGUGGCACGAAGCCGGCACAUCGCAGCCUCCCAAACUCAUUCUCGACGUGCGCGGCAUGACGGACAGUUAUCUGCGGAUGCGGGAUCCGACAACGUGUAG